ACGAAGCAUAGCACAGCUUCCCCUUUCUCGGGGGCAAACAAAACAGGGCAAGACUUGGGGCUUCCCCUGUCCCCCAUCUCUCCCCAAACAAAGUUUGCGUCUCCCUGCACCAGAUUCCAUUACCGUUUCUGUAUUAUUUUGCCACUGAACGCAGAACUUGUCUGCUCCGUGGCGGGGGGAGGGCAUUUUCUUUUUCUCUCAGAGGAAGCUUUGUGAGGCUAGGCUUCCUCGCAUUUCUCUUCUCGCUUCGGCCCAUGGCGCACUCCAACUGCUCAGCUGCCAGCACUGUGGUGGAGACGGCGGUGGGCACCGCGCUGUCAGUGGAGUGCGCUCUGGGCCUUACGGGCAACGCCGUGGCCCUCUGGACUUUCUUUUACCGUCUCAGAGUGUGGAAGCCUUAUGCCGUCUACCUGUUCAGCCUGGUGGUGGCUGACCUGCUGCUGGUCACCUGUCUGCCACUCCUUGCUGUCUUCUACCUGAGGGGCAAGACCUGGGAGCUUGGCCGGGCACCCUGCCAGGUCCUGCUCUUCCUGCUGGCCUUCAGCCGUGGUGUGGGGGUAGCCUUCCUGACGACAGUGGCUUUAGACCGGUAUCUUCGUGUGGUACAUCCACGGCUCAGAGUCAACUUGCUGUCUCCAAGGGCAGCCUGGGGCAUCUCUAGCCUAGUCUGGGUUCUCAUGAUCGCCCUCACUCCCCAAAACCUCCUCACUCAUAAGGCUCUGCAGAACUCCACCGACUGCCCCAGCUUCUACCCCACCGGAGAGACAGGGGCCAGCGCCACCUGGCAGGAGGCUCUCUUCUUCCUCCAACUCCUGCUUCCCUUUGGCCUCAUCUUCUUCUGCAACACUGGGCUCAUCAGGACCCUCCAGGAGAGACUCCAAGAAUCUGACAAGAACCCCCGGCUCCGGAGGGCCAGGGCGCUGGUUGCCAUGGUGCUCCUGCUGUUUGCGCUCUGCUUUCUGCCUAGCGUCCUGGCCAGAGCCCUGGCGCACGUCCUUCGGGAAUCCGAGAGCUGCGGUGUCCAGCAGGCCCUGGUGCAGGCCUCCGACGUCGCUGGCAGCCUCACCUGCCUGCACAGUGCUCUGAGCCCAGUGAUCUACUGCUUCUCCAACCAGGCCUUCACCCACUCGUACCGGAAGGUGCUCAGAAGCCUUCGAGGCUGGAGGAAGGCGGCAGAGCCUGCUAGCUCCAACCACAGGGACUCUGACUCCUGAUGAUGACUGGGACCCUCGACUCCCCUCUGUUCGGGAACCGCCUUGAAUCUAAACAACAACCCAACAACCUCAGGGCCGGAAGGGAGAAACCACACUCCAAGGACGCAGACACAGAGUCAGCCAGGGCUGUGGCACAUCCGGCUCACCUGGGUUCCUCUCCUGCUUCUGUCACGCUGUGGAGUGGCAGGCUUGCAUCACCCUGGGGCAGAUCCUGUCCUCCCUUGCAUGGUGGUCGACCAGAUGGACCUGCCGAGCGGAGAGAGGAGAGGUUGAGCACUUCUGCAAAUCCACAUGGGAAGAUUCCGACGGGCUGUGUCAGCGGAGGAGAAUGCUGGUGUUGCCCCAGCCCCGUCUGGUCUCUUGGGUCAUGUUCGAUUUCCAUGCCCAGGCUCUCCGGUGUGAGAAACUGCUCUCUUCGUACCCACCACGGAGUCCAGAACAAAGGAAGCCAGCAAAGCCCGAGGUUCUGGAGAGGUUGCAGGUUUCACAGGCCUUUCUUGUCCCACGCGCCCAACCAAUUCCGGUCUGAGACUGAGAGCACCCACAUCCUAGCUUGCGCAGUCUGACUCCCAGCGGGCUGCACCCUCAGCCUCUCAGGCCCCCAGACUUCAUAGGAAGAUUGAAGAGUCCGCCAAGACUGCUGCUGUCCUAGACCUGAAAAGACAGGGCAUCUAAGACCUCCAAGUUCCCACUGUAAGCCUGAGGGAGGCUGGUUCCUGCCUCAGCCCCCGAGACUCACCCCUCCCUUUCCUGUCUACCUCUGCCCUGUGAGCCUUACGGCUGCCUGCUGAGACCUGCUCAUCACAGGAGAUCUCUCAGUCUCUCAAUGACACCCCAGCCUGCUGUGACACUCGGACCUCUCCUGGUCGGCGGUGAGCUGCAGCGGAGUGUCUCAGAGCUUCCACUUUCCCAUUUGAGUUCCUGCUUCCCUUUCUAAACUGGCAGCACUGCGCUGAGAUAAAGCCUUGUGUGCUCACCUCCCCCA